UUGCGGUGUAGCAAGAGUCCAGAGUCAUUUUUUACGUGGCAAAUGGAUAAGAGAUUCUUCCACCUGCAGGCUGCAACCCAAAAUUACGCGAAAUAGGGAAAGCAAGAGUCAAUUUACAAUUUGCACGACCCCAUUUCUUCCACCGUUUCCACCUUUCCCUCUUUCUCUCUCUCUCCCCUGCAAUGGCCAACGAGCUCCUGGACGCGUCACCGGCGGCGAUCACCGCCGCGGCAGGCGCAGGAGGAGCUGCAGCCGCCCCCUUCCCCGCCGCCCCGGCGCUCCGGCCGCGGCGGGAGGCGUUCGAGCACGGGCUCCUGCCGAUCCCCAAGCUGGUCUUCCCAGAGGGGACGCUGACGCAAACCCUAUCCCAGCUGAAGGAGAGGCUCGCGCUGGGGGGUCCCCGCGUGGGCGCCGCCGCUCUCGCUGAGGCGCUGCAGAUCCCCGCCGAACAGGCGGCGCUGGCGCUCGGGACGCUCGCCGCGGUGCUCCCGACCGAGGACCCCGCGCUCGGUGAGGACGGCGCGGGGGAGGCCGACCUCCGCGACCUGCUCCUCUUCCUCUACAUCCAGUCCUACAAGCGCCUCGUGCCGCGCGCCCACAAGGACUCGCCCGCCGUCGCGGACGUGUGGCCGUCCACCUCCGCCUUCGACGGGUACCUCUCGGCGCUAUCUCCGAUCCAGCUUGUACGCAGCAAUAGUCGCCGGUUUAUGCCUUCACAAGCAGAUGAAGAAGCUCAUCAGUUAUCUUAUUUGCAAAAGCAUAUGGCCAAUAUUCUAACUGUUUUGGCAGAUUCUGUUGAUGGAGAGGGUGAUGAGUCUAUGGUAUUGACAAUGGAGACUUUCGAGCACCUUGGAUUUUUAUUGCAGUUCUCUGGGGGUACUCCUUUAAGCCAAGCAGCUAGCUUUUUUGCAAAUUCUGAUCCAGACAUGCCCGCUGCUCCUGUACCUGCUGCUCUGGUCCAUGAUUGGAUUUUGCAGCAUAUAGCUUCUACUUUGGAAUUUACGGCAGAAAAAUCCACAGCAAAAGAAAACAGCCAACAUACUGCAUCUGACCCUGAUGUCACAAUGGCUGAUGCUGUCACAAAUACAAGAAUUCAUAUUAGCUCACCAACUGGCACUUCUGUGCCAAACAAUCCUGGAUACUACCGAAAUACAACAUUUGUGGAGGGUUUCUCUAAAACUUCUGUUGUAAAACAAGCAUGUGAUAUGAAAGGGCAUUCAAUUAAGGUUUUGAAUUGUCAUGAUUCUGUUGUCUACAUUUUAGGCCCACUUAAGUAUGCUACUGUCUAUGGAUGUUCUGACACUACCAUUGUUCUUGGUGCUGUUGGUAAGGUGGUAAAAGUGGAGCAUUGUGAACGAGUGCAAAUUAUUGCAGCUUCGAAACGAAUUUGUAUUGCCAAUUGUCGUGAAUGUAUCUUUUACUUGGGAGUAAAUCACCCACCACUAAUUGUGGGGGACAACCAUAAAUUACAAGUUGCUCCAUUUAAUACUUAUUAUCCUCAACUGGGGGAGCAUUUGGCACAAGCUGGUGUGGAUCCUAAUGUCAACAAGUGGGACCAACCUUUUGUAUUGGGAGUUGUGGAUCCACAUGAUUCAUUAUCUCAUCCUGCUGGGGUUUCUGAUGUCCAGUCCGAGUCUGCCACUUGUCUAGACCCAGAUCUAUUCACAAACUUUUUGAUUCCUAGUUGGUUUGAGGCACAAGGGCCUACCAAAUACAAUCCAUUUGCAUUACCUGAAGUUUAUUGGGCAUCCCAAAGGAAAAAGCAUGCUUCUCUGGAAGAUAUUCAAAAGAAUAUUCGGGAACUGGAGAUCGAUGAUAACCGGAAGAAAGAAUUGGCAUGUGCCCUUCAUGCUCAAUUCAAGGACUGGUUAUAUGCUUCAGGCAAUAUCCGCCAGCUUUACUCUUUGCAAAUUGAAUAAUGUGCAUCUGCAAGAUUGUGUAUCCUUCACCCAAGUUCCUUAGCGGUUCAAUUCCUUUCCUUCAAAGUCGAAACGCUAAAUUCAAGCUGACUUUACGUUGACUGUGCUGGUUCCACAUGGUCUUUCAGCCUGUAGUGUUUGUCGAAGGAAGAAUGUAAAAAAUGUACCGCCUAUUUUUUUCUAAUUAUUUUUUAUCACUUC